AUGUUAAACCCUCCGUGUUCCAUUGAUGUGGAGAACGUUUUCGGCCCCACUGUCGCGUCUUCUUGUUUACAUGGUUUUGACUUCACUCUCUUGUUCGAAGAAUACAUCUUCACACUAGCACCCCUAGGCCUUGUUUGUUUCACGGCAUUUCUUCGGAUUUGGAAGUUACAGGGCGCCUCUGAAAAGGUCAAUUGGUCAUGGUCUUAUGCCGCAAAGGGGCUAUCUUGGCUACUCUGCAUAUUAUGCCAUAGUGUGCUGCUAGCUCUAUGGACUCGAGAAAACACUCCCAAAACCAAGGCGACACUAAGCACAAUAUGUAUUACGAUCGGCACGUCGUUGGUUUUGAUGUACUUGUCUCAUCUGGAGCAUUUUCGCUCAAUAAGCCCAUCCACAGUUAUCAGUGUUUUUCUCGGCACUACGCUUCUAUUUGACCUCACUCGCCUACGGACCUUGUAUUCCAUGCCGGAUUCUCGCUCCAUGACUACUUGGUUUGCCAUAUCGUGGGUCAUCAAAAUGAUCACCCUCAUCCUAGAGGCGAGAGAGAAGCAACCUCUGCUCAAAAGAAAAUAUGAAAACAGCCCGAUUGAAGCAACAAGUGGAGUACUAAAUCGUGCUUUUUUCUGGUGGCUGAAUAAAUUGCUUUGGCGUGGAUCUAAGGCCCAGCUAACAGUGGACAGUCUUCCAGCACUUGACGACAACAUCAAAGCUGCCUCUGAUCCUCGCUUGCUCUUCGAAAAAUGGAACAAGGUCAACACUUAUCAUUCGAACGCACUUCUGUGGACUAUAGUGUCUCACUACAAAUUAGAUUUCCUAAAAGGUGUUCUUCCCCGAUUGGCAUUUACUGGCUUUUGUUUCGCGCAGCCAUUUCUAGUGGAACGUGUGAUCAACUUCAUGACAGAGCCAGAACAUGUCAAUUCGGUUAACUAUACCUACGGCCUUAUUGCUGCCUAUGCUUUCGUGUAUAUUGGUAUCGCCAUCUCCUUUGCUGCAUACGAGCAUCAGACAAAUCGUAUUAUUACCAUGGUUCGGGGAAGUUUAGUGACCCUCAUUUUCGAUAAGACAUUGCGUAUGAGUACCUCCGUUGUUUCUGAUUCCACUGCAAGCACGUUAAUGAGUAACGACAUCGAACGCAUUGCAAGUGGUCUUAGGGAGACUCACGAAGUGUACGCCAGCAUCAUUGAGGUUACACUAGCUCUGUGGCUGCUAGCACGACUUUUGAAUAUGGCAAUGAUUGCGUCUACUAUAUUUGUUUUCUUAUGCUUGUUGGCGGGAGUUCCGCUAGGAGUUGCAUGUGGAGACUCGCAAGGAGUAUGGUUAGAAGCCGUUGAAGACAGAGUUGCUGUAAUAGCAAAAGUUCUCGGGGUGAUGAAAAAUGUCAAAAUGACAGGUUUGACAGAAACCAUUUCCACCAGUCUUCGGAACCUGCGAUCCGCGGAAAUUGAAGCUUCGUUCCAAUUCCGCCUCUAUGAAACCCUAGGAGUCACCCUAUCGUAUGCCUCCUCAACUCUUGGACCAGUUUUUGGAUUUGGUGCCUACAUCAUAAUUGCGCGCGUGCACGAUUCAGCUACACUUACGAAUGGGGUUGCAUUUUCGGCACUUGCACUUUUCUCAUUGUUGGAUCAACCACUGGGAGCUAUUGUAAAUGGCGUUGAAGAUUACAUGGCGGUUGUUAACUGCUUCCAACGGAUUCAAAAACAUUUGUUGGCGAGGGAAAGAAUCGAUUAUCGACUGAAACAUGACUCCCAAAGUUCUCUAUCAUACUCUCUUAUUGAGACUGAAUUUUCAACUGAACCCCAGGAUACUAAGCCAUGUGCUAUAAUUCGAAGCCUCUCCGCAUCGUGGGCGGUUGAUAAUGAGCCUGUUCUAAAGGAUCUAAAUCUUGACAUUCCAUCGUCCAAGAUCACAAUGAUCGUUGGACCUGUGGGAAGUGGAAAAUCUUCUUUCCUGAAGCUACUACUUGGUGAGAUUCCUGAAUGUUCCGGUACAAUUUCUACCAGCUUUACCCAUGCCGCGUAUUGCAGUCAGUCGCCAUGGAUUACAUUUGGAACGAUACAAGAAAACAUAAUUGGAUCAUUAUCAUGGAACCAAACCUGGUAUAACCAGGUGAUCAAAAUAUGUGCUUUAAAAUCUGAUUUCCAACAACUUUCCGCCGGCGAUCUAACCAAGGUCGGUGUUCUUGGAUCUAGGCUCAGCGGUGGACAGAAAAUGCGGGUGGCGCUUGCGCGGGCUCUUUAUUCAAGAGAGUCAGUUCUUGUCUUGGAUGACGUUCUGACAAGUCUGGAUCGUGAGACAGAGAAAAUCAUCCUGGAGAAUUUAUUUUCGGCCCACGGCAUUAUAAAGCGCUCUGGGCAAACAGUGGUUAUGGCAACAAAUUCAGUGCAUCAUCUACCCUUUGCAGAUCACAUCAUUGCAUUCAAUGAGAAUGGAAGAGUCAUUGAAAACGCCUCUUACCAGCAUCUCAUGAACGCCAAUAGUCAUAUUAGCACCACUUCCGAAAGCUCACGGCCACUGAAUACCACACGAGCCUCUGACUUCGUGUUAGAUGACGAAACACUCCAGGGAUUGAACAUAGAUGAAGAGCAGACAGAUGACCUAAGUCGGCGGACCGGAGAUUUGACAGUUUAUUUUUUCUAUUUCCAAACUAUUGGCUGGCCCCUAUUGAUAAUCUUUCUCCUAUGCUGUGUUCUGUUCAUUCUGAGUCUCAGCUUUCCACAAAUAUGGCUACAGUGGUGGACCCGUGCCAAUGAGCAGCAUUCUAACCAACGUAUCUGGUAUUGGUUAGGUAUUUAUGCCGCACUUGGACUCUUUUCUCUUCUGAUGACCUUUCUUGGCUCAUGGAUCAUCAUAAUGAUUGUACAACCCAGAACGUCUCGCUGCUUUCACGAGAUUCUUUUGAAGACUACUAUGAGUGCGACAACUUCGUUCUUGACUUCAACAGAUAUCGGCAAAACCACAAACAGGUUUAGUCAAGACCUAGAGCUAAUCGACAGCGAGCUCCCUGAAACGCUUGAACGAACUGUCAAUGCUGUGUUGAGUUGCAUCAUUGAAGGAUUUCUGGUGUUUAUCGGCUCUUCCUACAUUACAGUAGCAGUGAUCCCAUUCUGCGUUCUAGCAGUAUAUUAUUUGGCAAACUUCUACGUCAAAACCUCUCGUCAAAUGCGUCUCUUGGACAUAGAGGCCAAAGCACCCCUAUUUUCCCAAUUCCUGGAAGCCCAGGAUGGUCUCUCCAGCAUUCGCGCCUAUGGCUGGGUAGAAGAUUACCAGUGUCGCAAUCGAGCUGCAUUGGACGCCUCUCAGCGCCCUUUCUAUCUGCUUUAUUGCAUUCAGCGCUGGCUGACCCUUGUUUUAGAUUUGAUGGUAGCAGCUAUUGCUGUUAUCGUCAUAUAUGUUGCAUUAUACAUGAAGGGCAGUCCCUCUAUGAACUUGUUGGGGAUUACGCUUUUCAAUAUUGUCAAUUUUAGUUCCACUCUUCAGUCGCUUGUGAGCAACUGGAUUCAACUGGAAACUUCUAUUGGUGCGGUUGCUAGGAUUCGCUCCUAUACGCAGCAAACAGUUACCGAGAACCUGGAUUGCGAGACAGAGGUUGUUGCUAGAAGCUGGCCUCAACGGGGUUGUGUUGAGAUUUCCGGUCUCUCUGCGUCUUAUGAAGUUACGUCAGAUCCCGUUCUCAGAAAUAUUGACCUGCAAAUACAUUCCGGUGAAAAGAUCGCUCUAUGUGGCAGGACUGGCAGUGGGAAAUCAUCCCUUUUUUCAGCGCUUUUACGAAUUCUGGAACCAACCAGUGGCACCAUUUCCAUUGAUGGUAUGGACAUCUCAAAGGUCUCCAGAGCACAUGUUCGAUCUCAAAUCAAUACCAUCCCCCAGCAGCCGUUCUUCUUAAGAGGUUCAAUACGACUAAAUGCCAACCCAGAGAGUAAUGCCACUGACGAAACAAUCAUAUAUUCCCUUCGAGUAGUCAAUCUAUGGUCCGAUAUUGAAUCCAAAGGUGGACUUGAUAUUGACUGGUCAGACGAACUUUUGUCCUAUGGCCAACAACAGCUUUUUUGUCUUGCACGAGCAAUGUGCAAGCCCAGCAAUCUUGUCAUUAUGGAUGAGGCGACUAGCAGUGUGGAUUCCGAAACAGAUAUGCUUAUGCAAACUGUGAUUCGGGAUCAUUUCAAGAACCAAACUAUCAUUGCUAUUGUGCACAAACUGCAUACAAUUCUUGACUUUGAUAAAGUUGCGCUUAUGGAUAAUGGGCAGAUUGUGGAAUUCGAUACACCGAAGGCGCUCCUGUCAAGGGAAGGAUCUGCUUUCAAGAUAUUGUUUGACACAUUUCACGGCAAACCGGAGUAA